AUGGAACGCGAAACGUUUGGUCUUGGAGAAUUUUUCGAAGCACCGCGAUGCUGCUUAGCACGUCGUGAACAAGAGGCAAAAGAACUGAGUGAACGAGAGGAGCGUGAACGAAAACGAAGGGCUGUACGAAAAGAAGAAGCAAUUAAAGCUAAUCUUGCCCCGGCAAAAGAAUCAAUUCCAGCCAACAUUCAUGUGAAUGGAUCAAGUGACGAUAAGGCGGAAAAACCAUCUGACUCUCAGACAGAGCUUGAGAGAGAGGACCUGCCUAAACCCAUUAAAGUUGGUUCAUCCCCCGAUGAUGAAGACGAUGAAGAGGACAAGGGAAAGCUAAGACCGAAUGAGGGAAAUGGUGCGGACUGCCAAAUUAUAGUUGGUACCAGACUCUGGGUGAGGUUGACAUUAAAGUUCCAACUCGGUUACUCAUCAGGUUAA